UUUUAUUUUAUUUUAUUUUAUUUUAUUUUAUUUUAUUUUAUUAUUUCCUUUUUUUUUUGAAUUAGAUCAUCAUUAAUUAAUUAAAACUUGAAUGAAUCAAGCACAGUUAGAAAAAGCACUUCAUGAUUUACCAUCAUCCUCAUUAAUUACAGAAAUUCCCGAAAUUCAAAACGCGAUUGCUCAUCUCUUGAAAUCUAACCAAGAAAUGCGAGAAUUUGAUCCAGAAAGUAAAGACUCUGAGUUAGUUCAAGCAAUUCAAGAAAAUAAGGAUUUAAUUAUGCGAAAAGAAAAACAAGUUGAUUUAACACUUCAAGUUAUUCGAGAACGUUUAGGUGAAGCUGCUUGGAGAGAGAUGGGAAGCAAUGUAAAAGAGUUUAGAGAGUUAUAUGCUGAGCAAUUAAAAGCUGAACGUAAUGUGCAGAAGGAUGCAGAAGAAAACGGCGUAUUUUUAUAAAUAAUAUACGUAAUAAAGAAAAAAAAACGAUAUCCUUUAAAUGUA